ACCCUCGGUACGAUCUGUGUGACUCGCGCUCGCGCUUCCGGAUUAUCGCGGCUAGUUUUGCGGGCCCCGAGGAUUGCGGACGCAAGUGCACCGUGCCUUAAUACAGUGACCAGUGUAUGCCUUGAACGCGCAACGCGAUAACAAAAGGCUAAAAUAGUUUUACACCGGAUACGAUCGAUGUGACUUGGAUUUGACAGCUUCCAUCUGAUAUUUGAGACCGGCACGAGGUUGCGUUCGAACACACGUUUAUUACAAUGUCGAAUUUGUUGUACGAGGCCAGCAAUGGAGCGAGUCAGAUGGCGAGUUAUUUGUUUUAGUUUGCGGCUAAAAGAUAAAUGAGAAGGUCUCACGUCGAGCGCACGUCGACGAGCGUCUGCGAUAGCACCGCGAUGCGAUCGUUCCUAGCUAUAGAUACGAGCGACGAAUGAAUCGCUCGCCGCGACUCCGCGACUCUGCGAUCGGACAGCCGGAACGUUGAAGAUAGAAUGGACAUCCUGUUGCGAGACAUGAACGCGCCGUGGCGAUGACAAGUCUGAUCUUGGAGAACGCCGACUUGAAUCGACUCUUUCCGAAAUGCCGGCCUAGGGGCGGUCCACCCCCGGCCCCGGGGGCCUCCACGCAGAGCAGCCAGCAGCCGCAUGACAGCCCCUGCCAGACGGAGGCCGCUGCUAUCACCACCGCCACCGCCGCGACCGCCGCAACAGCCGCUGUCACCAUCGCCUCUACGAACACGUCGACAAGCGUCUCCGCGAUAUCGGACGACAUGAUCGACCUCGAGCGCGACACCUCCGACAGGUAUAGGAAACGAGCGAAUGGCAGAAAAAAAUCAGGUUCGCUGUCCCGUAGGACGGCGAGCGUGGCGCCCGGUUUCACGGUCGAGGGCCAACUACCGCACGCCACGAAGCCGCUUUCGUCGAGCUCGUCCUCGGCGUCAGGACGCAGCGAGGACGCGCCGCAAUACGGGAGUCUACCGGGCAGCGAUCACCAGGGACAAUCGCAGCAGGACGAUAGCGGGCCCGAGGAGAGUCCCGUGUACAUUCUGACCUCGGCCAAGGGUGGCCCCAGCUACAAGCUUCGGGAUUCGAGAAUUAUAGAAAUUGCUGGUGGUCGAGAAGUAUUCUCACAAAGCCGAGGGAAGGUAGCAGCUAGAAAAUCACGAUUUCUGGCUGCAUCAAAUUCUAUAAAUAACGAGGAUAUUCAAACUGAUAAUAAGCUAGUUAAGAAGAAUAACAAAUCUCCUAGCACGCAGACCAUAUGGGAGUUAAGAAGCCGAUGCGGUGAAACCAGAAAGCAACGUGCAAACCGGGAAGUAACAGAGACUGUAUUUGCCUCAGAGGUACACUCAGUACGACGCAAUCCUACAAAGUCCAUUCUCGAUUACGACUCACCUAAGAGCAACCGUAGCAAUCGCAUAAUUAAUUACGAUUCAAUUUUAAAUAGCAAUAAUGUAGAAUAUACGGUACCAAAAAGUAUUACCGACCUGGACUAUGGAUUACCAAAAAGUUGCGUAGAUUAUCAAUCAAAUCACAACACACCUGCGAGAAGUAUGGCUAUUGUCAGCGACGGCGAAGUUGUUGUUUUCGACGAUAUCGAUGACAAUUGGCAGGGAUUGCGAUUAGAUUUGGCGUCGAGUAACACAAAUCAAGUGACGACGACGAGUCUAGAUUUGGAGACAGAUGAUUCUCAGAGAGGUCGUAUCGCACCGGAACCACCUAGUUCCAGCGUUGGAAGUACACCUAGUCCUACAACGGCAUAUCACCGCAAUACUUCAGAAUUCUUUAAAGUUGUUACACCAGCGAGUGAUUGCGAGGCAGAUUCUCCUUCUCCAGAACGUAAUCAUAAAGUUGCAAGAGUUAUUGGUGAAUUACCAAUUGCACAGUAUUCUGGCAGUCCAAGGCGUUAUGGAGUCCGCGAAAAUACACAGCUUCCUAGCUUGUUAUCAUCGCCUUCAAUGUAUAUGACACCGAGGCCUGGUUUUCCUCAAAGAGUAUUACCAACAACACCAAAUCACAAUAAGAAGGAAGAUAUCUCUGCAGAAAUCAUUGUAGACAAGACUGUGAUAGAAAAUAUUAGUAACGAAGACCAGAUUGUACAUCCUUCAACUCCAUCACCAAAGGUCGAAGAGGAAGAGGAAGACUCUUUAAAACCGUCAACUUUACCUGCUGAUAAUAUAAGCAGUCUUGUCUCGCCAGGCGGUAGCACUUUUGACUAUCUGUACGAAUUUUCAGAGACUAGAAAAGUAUUAGAAGAAUUUUUCAAAUGUCCGGCGCCGACGAAAGAAAAAGAAAACAACAUAGAGUCUUUUCCUUUCCAAGAUCUUGAUUAUGAACUGCGAAGACAAGGAGGAAGUGCAUACGUUGGCCAGCGAUUAGCUAGUGGUCCACCGACAACGGAGGAAGUUAUGGUACAUGAAUCUCCUAAAAAACAGCGGGCAGAUUUUCCACAAAAUACGGGUGAACACGAAAACAAUUUCCUAGACCUGUCAGUAGGUACUGGUAGUAGUGAAGAUCUUGGAGAAACUGAGGUCGGUUUACAAGUAGGACACUCACGUAAUUUUACGCUGAGUCCGGAAACGACCGACUGUGACAGCAAUUGCGGAGAUCUCGAUAGCGAAGUGUCCCUCAUGAUGAUGGAUAAUGAAUUAAUGCCAGCAAGUGGCCUUCUCGGAUCGGUCGGUGAUUUGGGGAAUAAUUCGGAUUCCCUGAGAAUAUAUACUAGCAUGCCGGUGUUAGAAGACGGCCUGUCCAGCGGACACGCGAGCGAUACUGACAACAAUAAUCCUACUGUGAUGCUCAUGAAACGGCAAAUAAACGAAAUAGAAAAGGAAAUCAUUCAGAGAACUCGUAACGACAUGUUAGGCACAAAUGAGAAUGAUUCUGGAAAGGACGUCAGUCUGAAUGUAACGAAAGAUAUUUUGAACACGCUAAAGACUACGUCCCCUGAUCUGUUUAUCGCGAAGAAAGAAAAUUCGUACGAUACGAACGAGUUACAACUCGACGGACUGGAUCCAUUGGGCACGCCACCGCCGCCAGCGCCUCAAGGACGGCAAAGUGUAUCUCUGGAGGUGAACUGCGGCGAGGUAGAGGCGGCUAUUAAAGACAUCAGGAUGGCACUGCAAAGAACUAAAACUCUGCCUGUGAAGUCCCCGUCCGAAGAACCGCCGGAGCCGAGCGUCAGUCCGAUAUGGAUACCAAGUAUAAUGGAUGGCAGGCGGAGAAUUUGUAUGGAGAGCAAUAGCGAGGAAUCGGAUGCGCGCCGCGUAGGCGACGAAGCCGACGUGGAAAUUGAGGAAUGUCCGGAUGAAGAAGAGGCGGAUACCGAUCUCGAAACGGAUCGGUUACUUGGGCAGCAGAGAACGGACGAUCAAGGAUUUUACGACGACAAGGGGUGGAGGAAGCCUAAGACUAGGACAAUGUUACCACCAAUGAAUGCGAAAGUCGCUACUCCAAAGCAAACCCCUCCCAAAACCUUGAGUGUCGCCCCGAUAGAGACGCUAGCACCUUCCGAGCCCAUACCCUCGACGUCUACCUCGAUUUCCCCUCCUCCCGUAGUGUCUGUUAUACAAUCGCCGUCUUCUAACGAGUGCGAAGUAGCCACUCCCGCGCAACCUACAUCGAGUCCGCAGAAGACCCCAGUUAAAAACUCUCCCUCAUCCCCUCAGAGCCUCAAGGAAUCCAACAACAAGGUGAAAAAGGAUAAGGAGGGAAAGAAAAAGAGCAGAAACAAAGAAGACUUGUUGGAUGAUCCCUCAGUGUUGAUUGAAGGAGUCUUGUUCCGCGCGAGGUACUUGGGAUCUACGCAACUGGUAUGCGAGGGUCAACCGACGAAAUCGACUCGAAUGUGUCAAGCGGAGGAGGCCGUUUCUAGGAUAAAGGAUGAUGGGCCAGUGCCGAUGCAGGCAACACUCUUAAACUAUGGGGGGCAGCAUGGGUAUGGUCGCUGCAGCAUUGCCUCGCAAGGAAGCCUAGAGGAGGACGAGUGCGACUCGAGCGAAGAACUUAUAGGAAGCGCUUCUGGUGGGGGCCAGUCCGAGUCGCACGCACUUGGAACCCAGCCGAAACUGGCCCCGAUCAGUAGUGGCUGCUUGGCGUCCACAACCGUUUUCAGACUACAGUUUCUCGGGUCGGUGGAGGUGGAAGAGGAAGGGGGACGUAAACGGCGUAAGCGCCUUAAGAACCACAUGGUGGAGGAGGCCGUGACGAAAAUAAAGGCAUUGGCACCGGACGGUGACAGUCAGCCAAGCACGGAGGUAGACCUUUUCAUUUCGACGGAAAAGAUCAUGGUUCUCAACACUGAUCUGAAGGAGAUCAUGAUGGAUCACGCAUUACGCACGAUUUCGUACAUAGCGGAUAUCGGCGAUCUUGUAGUGCUAAUGGCGCGGCGACGCUUCGUGCCGCACGAAAUGGAGGAAGUACCGAAAAUUAACCGAACUCCCAAGAUGAUCUGUCACGUUUUCGAAAGUGAGGAAGCUCAAUUCAUAGCACAAAGUAUCGGACAAGCGUUCCAAGUAGCUUACAUGGAGUUCCUAAAGGCAAACGGGAUAGAAGAUCAUAGUUUCGUGAAGGAAAUGGAUUAUCAAGAAGUGCUCAAUUCGCAAGAGAUAUUUGGCGACGAGCUGCAGAUGUUUGCAAAGAAAGAAAUGCAGAAAGAGGUGGUGGUACCGAAGGCGAAGGGCGAGAUCCUCGGCGUUGUAAUUGUUGAGUCUGGAUGGGGCUCUAUGCUGCCAACCGUAGUCAUAGCUAAUUUGGCGCCGGCCGGCGCCGCCGCCCGUUGCGGACAGCUUAACAUUGGCGAUCAGAUAAUAGCGAUUAACGGUGUAUCGUUAGUCGGCUUGCCUUUGUCCACGUGUCAGACUUACAUAAAGAAUUCCAAGAAUCAGACGGUCGUCAAGCUGACUGUCGUACCGUGCGCGCCUGUAGUCGAAGUGAAAAUCAAGAGACCCGACACGAAAUAUCAGUUAGGAUUUAGUGUACAGAAUGGAGUGAUAUGUAGUCUAUUGAGAGGUGGUAUCGCCGAACGGGGCGGAGUUCGCGUGGGCCAUAGGAUAAUUGAAAUCAAUAAUCAGAGUGUUGUUGCUGUACCACACGAAAAGAUUGUUAAUCUUCUGGCCACAUCAGUGGGAGAGAUUUUGAUGAAAACAAUGCCCACAUCGAUGUUUAGGCUGUUAACCGGCCAGGAGUCUCCGGUGUACAUAUAAGAGAGCGUUCAGUUGCCUGGCUGAUGCGUAGUGAACAGACAAUACAUCCGCCAUCCACUACCAUAUUAUCCGCUACUACCUUUACUGUACAGGUUACUCAAUGCAAAUCGCUUUGUGUUUCGAUUCUUAUGGGACAAUUCGAUACAUUCACCAGCUCCUGCUUAGUAAACGAGACUACUAAUAGGUACGUCGCAGAAACGUUACUAAAUAUUUACUCAAGCAUAAUUUAUAUGAUUAAUAAAUGAUUAUCGUAAGAUAUACGUAUAAUACUAAUUAAUGAGAUUCUCUGUAACAUGAGUACAUGUUUUCGGAAAUUUAGCGAGAUAUUUUUACCAAUAUUUCUCACAUAUGCACAAUGCUGACGUUUGAUUUGUUCUAUUAAAUUAUACAAGUCACGUGGCAAAAUUGCCGUGAUCGUUUACACGGUUAAUUUGUCGUACAAUUAUACAGCGUGAGGCUAAUAGGAAAGUAUUGACUUUGAGUAUACAGCAAUGGAUGUUACAGAAAAUCGCAUUAUUCGCGCCAAGGAAGAUGAUAGGUGAUGCAAAUAAUGCACAUGAUUAUAAAUAGCACAAAGCUCUUUACCAACAGCUGAAGCAGGGCUGGAACUGUAUAUUACGUAGUCUAAUGACGUAGUAAUAUUUAUAAAAAGGAUCUCCCUCUAUCUCUCGUGGAGAUACUUUAAGCUAAAACGUUUAUUUAAUCUUUUUUAUCUUUAAGGCCGGCGAAUACUCGCGGCGUGGGCCCGGGUGUAUUAAUUUGUACUAAAAUUAAUAUCUACCGUAGUAAAACUUCGGAUGCGUAAAUCUCGUGAUAAAUAACGCCAUAGUAAUUAUAUAGAAGAGCACAGCAACACGUUCUAGACGACAGAGAUUUUUUAAACGAGUAGAUAAAUUCGUUUUACAGUGUAUUAAGGAAGACUUUCGGCAAGGAUAAAUAACCUGUGUAUUUGCCGAACGGAAAUGUCAUUAAGUGGAUCUUGUAUGCCUACAUACUACUUCAUCGACGCUGUCCUAUCGUAUUAAUACUCGGCUGUAAUCAAGCACGAAAACUAUAACAUAGUACAUUCGCCGCAUGAUAUUCAUUUUCGAAGCGACGUUUCCAAGUCCUUCAAUUCGCACUAUGCUUCAUAAAUACGUCUCUAUCAUUCGCGGGAAACUAGGCAAGUAAAAAAGCUUCAGCUUUGCACAAUAUCUUAAUAAACGUACGUAAUGUAAGUAUACAAUUUUGGGAUAUACGCAUUUUGGGGGGAAAUAUGACUUGUCUCUUCGUUUCUCGCGGAUAGUAGUAAAUUGUAAGUUUAUAAAAGUCAUUCUGUUCCUAGCAAUUUACAUUCGUCACUCGCUUCUUCGAUCAUACUUUGAUAAAUGUUGAGAAAUGGCUGUGUAUUUAAGAGUUUAGAGUUUUAUAGAUGUAAGAUUGCACUCCACUUAGAUAUUUUAGAGAGUAGGGACCCUAAACUUUGGAAUCUUAUACCUUCUUUUGAUAUUUCAGAGAAUUUUUUCGGAGAAGAAGUUCUCCCAACUCGCUUUAAUGAAAAUUCAAUUAUCGCUAUUGAAUUCUUAACUCCAAAUUUCUGACACAAAUUAUCUCGACAAGCUUUCACAUUGCCAAUUUUUUCUACACUUAUCAAUUGAGUAUCUAGACGUCUUUUUAGAAAUUUCCAAGGUGAUGCAUGCUGACAAUUUGCGAAAUAACACCUUCAAGCAAGCUCAUUUCCUUGCAUUCAAGCAUUACUGACUACUUUCGACUGUCAGUGAUUCAAUUUUAUAGAAUAAAAAUUUCUUUUAAUCUAUUUAUUUUUCGUAGGAGCAUUCGAAACUUGCAAUUGAUAAAGAUAGUUGUAGUAAUUAUUCGUAAAAAGGAUUAUAGAUGCAUCUUAUCUGCAUCAGCUUGCAGUAAAUUUUCACUCGCCAUGUAUAAUACAUGUAAAAUAUGUAAAAAUUAUACUCAACUUAAUGUGGCUUCACUGCAUAGGCAUACAAAACGAAAUCUAGCUACUCCCGACUUAUAAACUUUGUCAAUGGAAAAUUCCUUCUAAAAUAAACAGACUGACUCUAUGUGUUACCGAAUAAGGUAAAGUACUCAAUCCAGAAACUUCAUUCACGAGAGUCGUACCGUUAAAGAAAAAGAAAAAAAAAAAAAAAAGAAAACGUCCUCUUCUAUAUAAAUACUAUAUAUGCCAUAAUAAUCUAAGUUUUAUCUAUUUUUGCUGAAGAUUUCUCACUUUUGAGCUAUUCUGCUUCAAAUAUCAAGAAGUGUGCGAUGAUACAAAUUUUGAGAUUCCUGAUGUCUGAUAAAAUUUCAAUGCCAAAGUACAUUAAAUAAUAAGGCGUAACAACGGAAUAACAAAAUAUGUAUAAUUUUCGAUGGACGGAAAAUUAUUCAGAUUUUGUCUGAGAAUGUUAACUAUUUCAAAAUGGCGUAUUCUGAUUUGCAAGAAAUCAAGCUUGUGUUGUCUUCACUUCUGAUAUCAGAUAUAUAGAGCGUUUAAAGAUGGGAUUCAGGAUUUGGUAGAAUACUCAUUAAAUUAAAGAAAUGUGUAAUAAACAUAAGUUGAAGAAUUGAAAAUGAAAGCAACCAGAUUAUCUGUAUUAUUAAAACCGAAAAUUGUGUUUCAAACUCAAAAAUUCUUCAAUCUACGUUGACUAGAUAUUAUUUGUUCAGUUUGAUGAGUAUUUCAUGUAUCCCAAGUACUGAAUUCCUCCUUUUAAACAAUUUGUUUUAAUCAUAGAAUUUAUGUGUUCACGUAAUAGGUACAUGUAAAAAGAGUCAAACUCUCUUUUAGAGAGAAACCUUAAUUUUGUAAGAAAUACAUUGGCAUUUAAUUUCAAAAUUUUGCAAGAUUUAACACGGGCAUCUUUCUGUUUUGCUGAUAGAACAGAUGCUAAUUAUCUGUUUUAUUUAUUAUUUCAAAAUUUAAGUUGACUCUUCAAUUACUAAUAUCUUGAAAGAUCUCUAAUUUGCCAUUGACACGGCAUUUCGUACGGAACAAUUCUCAGGCACACGAAUGAAUAGCGUGUAUAUAAAAAUGUUUCGUUGUCUAUAAUUACUUAUUGUACUGUACAUCGGAAAUCGGUGUGCAUUGGAAAAACCUCAAGAGGAUAGUUACGUAGGAAGUGUCUUGAAAUGUAUGUAUAAAGAUAUAUGGUAAUUCUAUUACCUUCAUUGGAAAGGAUAGCGGAGAGCAUAUUAUGAUAUUGCAUAUCAUGAGAAACUGAUAUAUCAUUGUGGGCUAGACCUUCAUUCUUUAUGGACAAAUAUCUAAAUGAAUACGCAGAAAGUAACCUUUGCGGCGAAAUCACCAGAAUCCUAGAAUAAAUGACGAUUAUAUAUGUUAGGGCGAAAUGGAUUUUGGCAUAGAAAUUUUAACCAUAUAUUCGGUGAGCAGCAGAGCGGUAUGAAUAUAAUAUAUGGGAUCAAACAAGAUGUUAUAUAUUGGGUGGCUGAAACUUAUCUAGUCAUUACGCUAAGAAUAAGAUGAAUAUAUAUAUAUAUAUAUAAAUAAAUAUAAAUAUAAAUAAAGAAAAGUAUAUAUAUACAUAAUAAGAGUUAAUACUCAGCCAUCGCAAGCCACCCUGACUGAAUGUGUCUAGCCACAUUUUAAUAAUAACAUCUGCAACUUGUACUGUCAAUCUGGCCUUGCGUGGUCAUUGCAUGUAUGUUCAUUAGAAGCGAAAUUUGAUAUUGAAUCGCCAUUAUCGUUCGCUGUCUCGAAUUUCGAAUAGAUUUUUUUUCUCUUUCAAUAAUUUACAAGUAUCUACAGUUAUUAAAGUGUGGCUUGUAUUGUGAGGUAUUUGUAAAUUUAAAUUGAUAAAUAGGCCCAUUAAUAGGUCAUAAUUAAUCGAGAGCCAUUAGAGCCAUUUAACAUUGUUUGUUGAUAUUCUAUUGAUAUUGUUCACGUAAAUUUUUUCUAUAGAAUUCUUUCCUAACUUUUCUACGAUUAUUGGUAAAUUAUAUAUAAACGAAUGCGAAAGGAGGUCUAGCGAACCUGUUCUGUUUAAAUUUAAAUAAGCAUACAAUUAAGUUUUGUCAUACAAUUAUUUCCGAGCAUUGUAAAAUAUUUGUAUCGUGCUUGUAUCUUAACAAAGCCAUUGGCGAUCAUGACGCCUGAUUUACGGAAACAUUUAGUUAAUAACGAGAUAUGUUUUACAUAAUUAAGUCUCAUUAAAUAAAGAAUGAUGAUCGUGCAAAGUCAGUAUGAAUGAUAGAUUCAAAAUUGCAGCCAGAAUUGUUAUGAAAUAAUUGAAAACCCAGCCAUUCAUAUAACAAAUAAAAGUAAUUAUAUCUUACACAUAUAUAGAGCUUGCGCUAUAGCUUCACCAGUCAUGAAACAUGCUACAAGAUAUCAUGACUGUCUUUAUCAAUGUUUGUGAGUGUAUAAUAAGUUAUAAACUAUAAGUGAGCUAUUGAAUGUGUAUAUGGUAUAUGCUAGUCCAUAUUAAGAUACAAUAAAAUGUAAUUUUGAAUUCAAA